CAGCAUCAGUCUACAGGCGAAUGAGGUUAUGUUUUUAAUUAAAAAAAUGUAAAAUGUUAAUUCGUUUUUUUCUAUUAAAAAUUGUACGCAACUUCUCGGGCAUGUCGAAAAACGUAAUACCGCAUUCCGAAGUCCCUGAUUAUGAGGCGGCUAUCAAUGCACUCAAUAAUCUUCAGAGCAAUGCUCAUUAUAUACAGAAUGCUGGAAAGGGACAAGUACCAGAUAAGAUUGCGCAAAUGAUUAAGUUUCUGAAUCGAGCAGGACUGACAUUGGAAGAUUUAGAUAAACUCUCAGUGAUACAUGUGACUGGUACAAAUGGAAAGGGUUCCACUUGUGCCUAUUCUGAAUCAAUUUUGAGACAUCAUGGAUACAAAACGGGGUUUUUCUCCUCACCACAUUGCAUAGAUGUGAGAGAAAGGAUUAGGAUAAAUGGGAUUCCAAUUCCUAAACCACAAUUUGCAAAACAAUUUUGGAAUAUCUAUGAUAAACUGAAUGCUCAAAAGGAAAAUGAGAGGGACAUGCCCAUGUAUUUUCAUUUUCUCACCCUCCUUGCCUUCCAUAUAUUUUUGGAAGAACAAGUAGAUGCAGCAAUUCUAGAAGUUGGCAUAGGUGGUGAAUAUGAUUCAACUAAUAUAGUGAGGAAAACAAUUGUUGCCGCAAUAACUCCCCUAGAUUUUGAUCACACUCAGCUCUUGGGUAAUACAAUAGAGUCAAUAGCAUGGAAUAAAAGCGGUAUUAUGAAACCAGGAUGUAUUGCAUUUACUGUUCCACAACCAGAAACUGCAUUUAAAGUAUUACAAGAUAGGAGUAUCGAACGAAACUGUGACCUACAUCUUGUGGAUAAAUAUCAUAAUGGAAUCCAGGAUGUUACAAAUUUUCCAGCUGAAAUUCAGAAGAAGAAUGCCAAUUUAGCAUUAGCAGUAUGUGAAGCAUUUAUUAAGAGAGAUCCGAACGGUAACAGCAAGUCAUUCUCGUUGGAGCUGGUUAAAAAAGCUAUUGAACUGACAAAAUGGCCUGGAAGAUAUCAAAUCAUCAACCACAAAAAUUCUAGAUUCUUUUUAGAUGGAGCCCAUACUGCUGAAAGUAUAGCUCUAUGCAGAAAGUGGUUUUCUGAGAGAAGCAAAGAAAGCGGGCGGAAUAAAGCUUUAAUUUUCAAUCUUCUAGGUUCUAGAGAUCCGGCGAUAUUUUUUAAUGAGUUACAAAAAGUCAAUUUUGAUGUUGUAAUCUUCUGCCCGAACGUUGGUAGUGAUAAUGAUCCUAAAGGCAGUGGUGGGUUAAUUUUAGAUCAACAAAAUAACGUCAUCCCCAAGGAAGAACAACUGAAGGGAAGUUUCAUGAAGAAGGACCAAUGGUUAGAGAUGAAUCCAACGACUAAGAAUGUUGAAGUUUUUCCUUCAGUUUUAAAAGCUAUCGAAUACUUGACCUCAGAAGGCCAGUCGGAUGUAUUGGUAACUGGUUCCAUUCAUCUAGUUGGAGCUGCCAUGAUAAUCCUUGAUCCCACAUUGAAAGGCACUCUAGUAGCAGAAAAAUCAUGAAGUAGACGCAUUGUUCAAAAAGAAGUUAUGUAAAAGCUUCUGGAGAUCAAAAAACUAAUAUGUUGAUAACCUCCAAUAUGUAUAGGAUAGUGGCCUCAUAAGUCAUUUGGAGGUCACCUCUGUGAAUUCAAAUGGCAUGAGAUCGGUCGUUAUUAGUGGUUAACCCAGAAGCUCACUUAGCAACUACGCCUAUCUUUUUGUUUGAGAAAAAUAUCUUGACAAAUGCUUUGGGGGAUCAAUAAGGAAUUUAAUUGAAGACUACUAAUAUGAACUAUUUUUUCAUACCACCUACUUACCUACUUAUUUUACCAGUUUUGGUCACGUGAUUCCGUAUCUGCAAAUCCAUUCUGGUGGUUGCUGCUUCAAUUUACAAAUUCCCAAAUAAUGUAAUCUACCAUGUCAGUAUUUAAGUCGUAUUUUAGGUCGUUGAAAAACCAAUUUUUUGUUCUUGUGAAACAGCUACCAAUACUUUUUUCAAAGAAAAGUGCGUGGUUGCCAAUUUGAAGUUCGUGUACUUCUCAAACGUUACGGAGUGAUCUACUGGUUUUGAGUCCAAUUUUGGCCACCCGACCUUAUGUAUAAAUUGAAUUCAUAUAUAAGAUUUGGAUCUCUUUCUGAAUCUGAUGCGAAAAAUUGUUGGUGAUAUUUGAAUUCACAAACUUGACAUCAAAAUGAUCUCGGAUGCCAUUAUUGGAGCCAUAUUGAAAGUUUUUACUAUAUGUACUUUUGGUGCUUUUAUCAAUUUCCUCUGUGAAUACAUGAGAUCUGAAGUUACUAAAUCUAAAUGAUCUAGUGGCCAACAUAUUUUUUCCAUUUUAUAAUAAAGAAUAAACGCUUGAGUUUGAAGGUGGCGUUCUGUAGCAAUAUUGUCUGGAAAUACAAAAAAGAAGCGAUAUUUGAAUCACAUGCAUAUUCCCUAUUUCUGACCGGGCGACCCCGUACGUUUAGUUUAUUGAAUGGACGUUUAUAAUGGAACUCUUAGAUUCCUAAUAUCUCAUGUGGAUGUUAACAUUAGUUCCUAACGUAUGCGUGCUUAAGGCUGAAAUUCUUACAAAAGUUUAAGUUGGCUGUAAAACACUUUUCAAAAUAUAUAACCAUUUCGCGACUAUACGCUAAAAACUAAACUAAAUAAAACAUGAUUUAUUCGAACUCUUUAUAAAGUUCCCGAAUUAACUUUUAUGCAAAGUGCUCCAUCCCAUAUUACUUAUAAACCGAAAUUUUUCAGAGACAACUGUUUAUGGGCUAUUAUAUGUGGAAUCUGGGGGUACACUUAUAAAAUACGAGCAUUUUUUCAAAUUGAGUGCAAUAUUCUUUAUUACACAUUCGGAUAGGCCCUUCUAAAGGAAAACGAUUGAUGUAACAUACUUAUGGGGUGUGGUUAUCAGUUGUUAGGCUAUUAGGUAUUUUAUGGGAUAAAACCUGUUAUCCUCAUAGGCUGCCUAAAUGGGACAAACUAUAUGCUAUUGUUCAAACAUAUCAUUCAAAUGUUAAAAUGUCCUCAUACAUUUCUAUCAGACACAUAUUUGAAUUAAACUUGGUUUGGUUAAAUAGGUAAAAAUCAGAUGAGCCCUUCAGUUGUCUACCUUAAUUUGUUGUUUGAUUGACAUUUAUUUUCUGUUCAGGUGACCGAUUAUGUUCAGUUUGCUAAAUCAAAGUUUAUGAUAAAACUCCUUGCAUUAGCUCUUAACUUAUGCAAUUAAAGUUUGAAUUCAUACAAAUUGCCUGUGAAAUACUUAUUCUCUAAAUUUUACAAAAGAAUUUAUAUUGUAUUUAUGCUAUUGUAGCGGCAAAUUAAUUAAACCUCUUUAGUUUAAGAUGACCUUAUAUACAUUUUUUCUAUUGUGUUUUUUCAUAUAUGCAGAUUUUUAUCUAAUAUGCAUCAUUUUUAAUACUGAGCCUACUUUAUGCCAUUAACUAUUACUUAAGCUUUUAUUUUUUUUUUAGAUGUACAAGAGUUUAUUUGAAAGUAUUUUUAAGUUAUGUCUCGCAACACUAUUAUACACAUAGUAAAAGUAGUAUUUCUUGCAUCUAAAAUCUCACUAAUAAAAAAACUGAUUUCUCCUGUGAUCAUGAUCCUGACAAUAAUAUAUGGCUGUGCGACGUGUUUCCAAAAAUAUCUGAUUAGUUGAGUUUUUUUUGAGUUGAGUUCUGUUUUUAAAUGAAGUCUCACUAUGAAAUUUGUAAUUUCGACCCGAUUGCCUCAGGAGGGUAAAAGUUUUCACGUGUAAAUGAAUGUAUGUAUCAAUAUAUAUCUAUAUAUAUAUAUAUAUAUAUAUAUAUAUAUUUCACUGUCUACGUGACUAGAUAUUGUACGAUUAAACUAGUGUAUCCGUUUUCAUUAAUUUUGAAUGACAUUGUUUCAUAUAAACUUCAUUUAUUCGACUAAAGCAUUGUUUUAAUAUACGGCCGUUCCUCGCCCUAGGUUGUAGUUAUUGCUCCUUUGCAUAAGGAUAUAAAAAACAGAUAAACUUUGUUUACACUAUAUGUCGUUAUGGACUUUGUUACUUUUCUAUUUUAUAUAUUACAUUGUUAAACAUAAACA